AUGAAAGCCAUUUCCCGAGCCAUAGAUGAAAUUAUUAAUGAUAAAUUACGACAUGCUCCAGGGAAAAUUACUCGUAUGAUUGAUGAAAGUGAUGGUUUUGUGUCUAUAUUUUAUAACAUGAUUGAACAUUUGAAUGAAGAGGAAUUGGAAAUAAUUUCAGAACAAUACACCAUGUUGCUCAGAAAACAGCUACGUAGUCAAGAAGACACUCGUAAAAUGUAUCAACUUGAGCCACAGACCUUAUUUGAAACUGUGAAACAAGCUGAGAGUGGAUGGAAUGGCCGUCGUGUUGACUUUAUGAUGUCCGAUAAUGGGGCGAAUGUGAUUGCAGUUGCCAAGCCAACCAUGCUCAACGUAACACUGAUUACUUGUUGUGGCCAUAAUUUGAAUUUGGUAUACAAACACUUUAUUACAUGCUAUAAGGACUUUGAAAGACAUGUUGGAAAGGUGGUUCGAAAGCUACGAUCGGAUUGGAAAUCGUUACGCUGGUUGGUGACUAUUUUGAAAUUCGAUUUUCAAUUUGUUGAAAAUUAUUUUAAUUCACAAGAUGGUACUAUUAUUAUUGAUGACCUUAAUAAUUUUAAUGAUGUAAUGAAGCCUCCCUUACCAGUGUCCACUCGAUGGCAAAGCGUGUCACGUGCUGCUGUAUUUAUUUUAGAUCAUUUAGAACCAAUUUAUAGAGCAGAGAUUGAAUGGGGUAUUGACAAACGAGAUGAGAACAUUCAAGCAACUUGGUCCGAUGUGUUGGAUAUACUUGAGAAUGAGGAUUUUUUAGAAGACCUACAAGUCAACAAAAUAUUUUAUGAACAAUUUUAG